AAUACAUGGGAGGCAAUUUGUCUCCGCCGGUCUUCGCCGGUGGAGACACCACCUCAGGGAUGGUGUACCGGUGCAUACAGGACAGUCGGUGCGGGAGCAGGCUCAGCUUCCAAGGCCACCGUGCCCGGAGGGGUGGCCCCACGCAGCGAGCACCCGCGGGCGCGGCGGCCCUCCCGCUCCGGGGGCCUUCGGAGCCUGGGCCGCGUCAGGCAGCGCGCGGGGCAGCCCGGGACCAUGGCGGCGGCGGCAGGGGCGCGCGGCUCCCUCCGCGGGUUGGCGGCGCUGCGCGGCCGGGGUGCGAGCCGGGCGGCCAUGGUGAGUGCGGCCGCGCGGCCAUGUCUUCAGAUGCACAGUGGCUGACAGCAGAGGAGAGGAAUCAACUUAUUCCUGGCUUGAAAGCAGCAGGAUGGUCGGAACUAAGUGAGAGAGAUGCCAUCUACAAAGAGUUCAUCUUCAAAAAUUUUAAUCAGGCCUUUGGCUUUAUGUCCAGGGUUGCCCUGCAAGCAGAGAAGAUGAAUCAUCACCCAGAAUGGUUCAACGUGUACAACAAGGUCCAGAUAACUCUCACCUCACAUGAUUGCGGAGGCUUGACCAAACGGGAUGUGAAGCUGGCCCAGUUCAUUGAAAAUGCUGCUUCUUCUCUGUGAUCUCUUUCAAAAUGCACGUAAAGAUCUAACACCUGGCUUGUCUGCAGUAUUUUUGAAGGCCAUUUAUGUGAAUAAAUUAAGUCAUAAAUUA